GAAAUUCAAGAAAAUCAUUCUGAAAUUAUUAGUCCUGUCAUUUUAACAAUACUUUGUGGUCGAGGCUUUUUUACUGAUUUGCAAUAUUUUUCAGAUGUUUUAUUUCCAAUCAAAGAGGCAAUUUUGGCAGUUGAGGCAAAUCAUUCUACACUUGCUGACUGUUAUAUUAAUUUAGUAAAAAUUGUUAUGGCAAUUCAAAAUCUUCCUAUUGACAAAUAUAAAGGAUUUCACAAUGAAUGUAUUAAAAAAUUUAAUAAAUGGUUUGAAGAAUUUAAUGAUCCUAUUUAUCAACUUACAUAUUUUCUUCAUCCAGCAUAUAAAGGUCUUGAAUUAAAGUUUGGUACAUUUCCUUUUAUUGCAAAUUAUGCUAGAAAAUUAUGGCAACAAAUAGGUAAAUCAAAAGAAAGUUGUGAAGCUUUAAUAACACAAUUACAAAUUUACAAAGAGCAAAAAGAAAAUAUAAAUGGAAAUCUAAAUCCUUAUACUGCCCUCUAUACAAUUA